AUGGCGAGGGACUUUAGACCCAAGGGCGCCAAGUCCGGCACUGGCCGACCAGCAGCUGCUCAUGCUGCCUCGGCAUCCACCAACGGCACGCCAAAGCCCACACCCACCAAGCCAGUCACAACCUCGUCCGCUCCCGCCAAGUCGACGCCGAGCAAGCCCACACCCACCAAAAAGAGCAGCAGCAGCAAGAAGAAGGAUGCAUUCGAUUCCGAGGACAGUGCGGACGAAGACACGCUGAUGCGCGAGAUCCAGAGCUUCGGCGGAUCCAGAGAAGAUCUCGAGCUCAUCUCCAAGGCAAACGCAAAGUCCAAGUCGGACGUCAACAUCGACGAGGCCGCCUUCUCCACCGAAGUCGCCGCGUUCCUCAAGCAGCUCCAGUCCGAUCCUACCGCCUCUGAACCCGCCGCUGCUUCGGCAACUCCCACCAAGAAGCAAAAGGACGCCAAGCCCGCCGCUGCUUCAGCUAGCACCACCAAGCCCGACUCCAAAAAGAAGAAUGCCCCCGAAGCACCAGCAGACAAGUCGCAAGCCCGAAAGGAAAAGGAGGCCGCCAAGCAGAAGAGCAAACAGACCGAGGCAAAGACUCGACAGCAACCGGCAGCGGUGGCAGAAAGCACUACCGCACAGCGUAUGGGCAAGGGCAAAAAGAUGGUCUUUGACGACGACGGUGUCGGCAAGGAGACCAAGCACAAGCCCUCGCACACCUCGCGCGGUCCGCUGCGACUUGAAGCCGUUCCGCAGUGGAUGUCGCAGUCGCUGCCCAAUCUGCCCGCUUCUGGCAGCAACGACGAGCUCGGGCACGACCGCAUCACCCACCUGCUCGAUCUGGGCGCCGAGCUGAUGCGCCAAGAGGCGCGCGCCUACGACGACCUCACCAGCAGCGAGACCUCGCUCAACCGCGCCGGCGGCAGCAUCGGCACGCUCACCGCCUCGGACGCCCAGUUCGUCCGCUCCCUCCUCUCCUCCGAAGGCGGCGGCACGCUCUCGGACCGCAUCUCGGCGCUCACGCUGCUCGUCCAGAGCAGCCCCGUGCACAACGUCAAGCAUAUGGACACGCUCCUCGCCAUGACGCGCAAAAAGAGCCGCGAGGAAGCAAGCCGCGCCACACGCGCACUUGCCGACUGGCUCGCCAGCGAAGGCGGUCUCGGCUCUCGCAAGCUGCGCUACUUUCGCGACCAGCCCCAACUCGCCUCUGCCUCGGCCGCCUUGUCGUCCAGCGACCCCUCGGCUGCCGAAGCGGCCAAAUCGCAUCUGCUGCUGUGGGCGUUCGAGGACCAUCUGAAGAAGUUCUACUUCCAGUUUCUGCAGGUGCUCGAGGUGCAGUCGCACGACACCAUCGCCUUUACCCGCAAGCAGGCCACGACGCAGGUGUACAUCCUGCUGCGCGACAAGCCGGAGCAGGAACAGAACCUGCUGCGUCUGCUCGUCAACAAGCUCGGCGACCCCGAGCGCAGCGUGGCGUCCAAGACCAGCAACCACAUUCUGGAGCUCCUCACCGCACACCCGGCCAUGAAGUUCAUCGUGGUCCGCGAGAUCGCCAACCUCAUCAUGCGCCCUUCUGCACCUGCGGGCGCGGAUGACGAGGGCAAGGUGAGCAACCAUACGACGCAUGCACGCUACUAUGGCGUGCUCACGCUCAACCAGACCGUGCUCACUGCGCGCGACGACGCCACGGCCAACCACCUCAUCCUGCUCUACUUUGAGCUGUUCGAAGGCAUCUUGCGCCAGUCCGAACGCAAGGAAGCUGCCGGUAUCGUCGACGAGGAAGACACCGAAGAGCCCAAGAAGAAGGACAAGAAGCGGUGGAAGGACCAGCCUCGCAAGGGACGCGGUCGAAAGAGCAAGCCCGCCAAGACCGAGACGCGCGAGGAGCCCAAGCUGGUCAAGGAUGCUGAAUCCAAGAUGGUGGUGGCGAUCCUCACGGGCGUGCGUCGCGCAUUCCCCUUUGCCAAGAUCGAGCCGGCGGUGUUUGAGAAGCACCUCAACACGCUGUUCAAGAUCCUGCACACCGCCUCGUUCAACGUGAGCAUCCAGGCGCUCCAGCUCAUCUUCCAGCUCAGCGUUUCGGACGCACAUGCGAGCUCGGCCGUGCUGGCAUCGGGUGCGAUUGGCGAUCGAUUCUACCGCGUGCUGUACGACUCGCUGCUGGAUGCGCGUCUGGCGGCGUCGAGCAAACAAGCCAUGUACCUCAACCUCGUCUUCCAGGCGCUCCAGGCCGAUGCCGACGCCGAGCGCGUCAAGGCGUUUGUCAAGCGUCUGUGCCAGAUCUUGAGUCUGCACCAGCCGUCGUUUGUGUGCGGAUGUCUGCAUCUGCUCGGCGAGCUCUUCCGCCGCACACCUGGUCUGCGAGCUAUGCUUACCGAACCGGAAGACGACGACGACGAGCACUUCCACGACGUCGAUUCCGACGCCGACGAAUCCCCACAAACCGGAAUCAAUCGCACCGCCGAUGCUGGGGGGGAGAAGUACGAUGGCCGAAAACGCGAUCCGCGCUUCGCCCACGCCGGCCGCACCUGUCUAUGGGACAUCCUUCCUCUCACCCUGCACUACCACCCCUCGGUCUCCGUACACGCCCUCCAACUCGUCCAAGGCAGCACCGUAUCGACGAAUGCCGACUUGAGCCUCAACACGCUCUCGCACUUCCUGGACCGCUUUGUCUACCGCAACCCCAAGCAGACCUCGGGCACACGCGGGGCGAGUGCGAUGCAACCGCUCCCGCACGCGCGUGUUGGUGCGGGCGUAACGCGAUCUCGAACGCACGCGCUGCACGAGAACGAGUUCGUCAACACCGAGACGUUCUGGAAGCAGCGUGCGGACGCCGUUCCGGCGGACCAGCUCUUCUUCCACCGCUUCUUCAACCUGCGCUCCAAACAGCCCAGCUCGUCGCGUGCGCACCUCGACGACGAUGCACUCGCCGCAUCGGAUGACCAGGUGGCCAAGCAGGAGGAGAGCGAGUUGGAUAGCGACGACGAUGCGGAUGAAAACGAGAUCUGGAAGGUCAUGAAGGCCACCAUGCCCGGCAAAGAAGAACUCGAGGGUAUGGAGGAUAGUGACGAUGAGGAUGACGAGUUUGACUAUGUCGAUUCCGACGUCGAGGACGGGGCCGACGGCGAUGCUGCUGAUGCUGCCGAGGAUGAGGAGGAUGAUUCCGAUGAUGACGGGCCAAGGGUUCUUCCCGGAAUGACGUUCUCCGACUCGGACAGCGGCUCUCCCGCCGCCAACGCCGAUUGGGAGGACGACAUGAGCGACGACGGCGGCAACCUGUUCGACGAGGACGACGACGAUCUUGUACCUUUCACCGACUUUGACUCUCGCAAGCGUAGUCUCGACGAGCCCGAGGAGGCGGGUAAGGGUAAGGGCAAGAAGAGGCGCAAGGCGGUUGCCAACUUGCCGACGUUUGCGAGUGCCGAAGACUACGCACACCUGCUUGGCGACGACGAGUAG